GAAGUUUUUUGACACGCGAUGAGCAAUUUAAAACAGGAUUUGGACGAAUAUCUGCUGCUGCAGAGCGAUCAGAAGAAGAAUUUCAAUGUAAAGAUGCCACAGCUGAAGGUGCCCAGCCUGGGGGGCAUCUUUUCGCGCCAGACAGAGCCCCAGGAGGCCAACAGUUGGCUGAAGGACACACAGGACUCGUGCUGCCCCAAGCUUUCCCGCCUGCAGCGUAUUGUUGGCUUCGUGGCGUGUCUGGGUAUGGGAGGACUCUGCAUGACGCUCUCCACCUUCUACAUUCCCGUGCUGAUCCUCAAAGCGCGGAAAUUUGCCCUGCUUUACACAUUAGGCAGUCUCUUUUUUAUCAUGGCCUUCUGCUUUCUCUCUGGGUUUGGGGCCUUCCUCAAGCAGAUGUUCUCCAAGCCGCGGCUGCUCUCAUCGAUCUCCUACAGCUCCUGCCUGGUGCUGACCCUCUACUGCGCUCUGGUGGCCAAAAGUACAGCCUUUACAGUGCUCUUUGCCGUAGCCCAGAUCAUUGCCUUGCUAUUCAUGGUCCUGGGCAUGGUGCCGGGUGGAGCCACUGGCUUGAAAUUCUUUGGACAGCUCUUCAAGAGCAGCGUCUCCGCCUCAACCAGUGCUUUGCCGGUGUGAAACGGUGGCAGAGCCCGCGCGCACACAACGAAAUAAUUUAUUUAGCCCUACGAUAAAUCCAAAACAAAACUUAUUUGUGAUACAAUUAAAACAAAAGAAUCGACA